GAGCCGACUGCCGCGGGCGCAGGCCGCGACCGUUUCUUAUUUCUUUUUAGGGUGAUUCACUGAACAAAUAUAUCGCCCCUUUUAAUUAGCGUUGUUUGACAUUUCCCUCUCCACAAAGUGGCCGAGACACGGCGUGUCCUGUCGGCUCUGACAACCGUCUGCCAGCGGGAGGAAGCCGCCACGGAUGUCUGGGGAAGGGCCUAUAAACGUGUCCUACAUUUUCCCAAAUGGAGACAAAUAUGAGGGAGAGUGCAGCGGAUCUGCAUCAGAGGGGGUGAAGCGGAGCGGUGCUGGUAAACACGCGUCAGCGGGUGGCGUCAUCUACACUGGAGAGUGGCUUGAAGACAAACAGAUGCACGGCAGAGGGACCCUGCAGCAUCCCUCUGGAGCCCUCUAUGAAGGAGAAUUCAAAGACAACAUGUACCACGGCAAGGGAACGUACACCUUCCCAGACGGCUCCACUUACAAAGGUCACUUUCACCACAACAGGUUGGAUGGCGACGGGGCGUUCACUGACACAAAGGGACAGGUUUGGACGGGGGAGUUUCUCGGCAGAGCAGCGUUAGGCCUCAAACUGCAGCACACUUCAGAAAAACAAGCAUUAUUUUACUACAAUGUAUAAUAUACUGUAUAUGCUACAAGAAAAUAAAAGCAUAUCAGGAAACAGUU